AUGCCGUCGGCUAGCAUUUUGUUAGGUUGUGGCAGUUCACGUCUCCUCGCCCUCCGCAUUUGUCACGCUGCUGUCCUCUCCGACUCACAGUCCGUGUCGAUACGCUCCUGGGACGCGCGAGUGCUCGAAGCCAAUCAACGCUGUCCCCACUCUGAUCGGCUGGCGGACGUGGAGACAACAAAGGGCGCACACACGCGCGGACAACACCCCGAGGGCGGACAAAAACAAACAGCUUGCUUGGAGCGCGCUCGGGGCGACUGUCUACAGAGCCCUUGUGUACGCACUUCUACAGGCAGUAAAUGUUGUCCAACUCAAACCGUCUUCCCUAACUUUUGAUUGGGAAUCUUUAUCUUGUCGACCACAUAAACUACAACAGUUGGUGACCCCUUUGCGAACAGCAAUCUUUCUUCCUAAUCUACGGUAAAGCCAGGCGUUGAUCAUGGACAACUUUCUACCGGAAGUGCAGCAUAUUUUGGCACCCGCCUCCGGCAUUCUUUCGGCAACGCAACUUACUCAGAUGGUUGAUCGUCUUAUGGAGAUGCACGGCUUUUCCAAGCCGUCACUUUCAACUCGCUCUCUCUCAACUCCCUCAACUCAUCCUACGUCUCUCCUUUUACAUGUGGAGAUCGAGCUCAGCAGGCUGGCGGGUGAUAUAGCUUCAUUCCAGAAGCAGACAGUCUCCCCCUCAUUUCGGAGCCAAUCAAAGUCGUUAACCCCGCAUCCCCAUUCUUCACAUUCAACCCGUCCAAACGCAGCUGCCAUCUGCUGGUAGCACACCACCUUUGGUGUUAAAGCACGUCGCUGCAUCUCUCCCUGCUCCUUCACCUCCAAGCGGAGCAAACGGGUGAAACUGGUCAGCACGAAGAUCAGUGCGGCCAAUCAUCCCGACAUCUCUUCCGGCUCUGGUCGCACCUUCUAUGUUUGCGACACUGCGACUCGCAGACGUUUCCUGGUGGACACUGGAGCCCAAAUCAACGUUGUUCCCCCAACUGCAGCUGAUCGCCGUUUUCCUAGCCCAGGUCUUCAUCUCCAAGCUGUCAACUGUUCCCAAAUGCCCACUUUUGGCAGUCUGUCCCUCAUCGUGAGCAUUGGCCUUCGUCGGUCAUUCACUUGGAUCUUUGUGAUUGCUGAUGUCCCUCAUGCAAUCCUCGGCUCGGACCUUCUUGCCGAGUUUGAUCUUCUUGUUGACUGUCGACGUGCCCGUCUUCUCGACCACACAACCGGUAUGUUUGUUCGUUGACUAACGCCCUUUACAACCCCCACAAACUUAUCCGUUUUGGAUACGGAUAUUGCUAGUCCUUUUCAGGCAAAUGCUUCUUAGUCACCCCAAAAUAAUUAACCCCCAGUUUCGCAGUGGUGAGGUUCAACAUGAUGUUGUGCACCAUAUCCGCACCUCAGGUCCUCCCGUGUUUGCUCGACCGAGACGACUAGCACCGGAGCGUUUUCAGGCCGCGAAGGCGGAGUUUGAACACAUGCUGCAACUGGAAAUAAUUCGACCGUCCGAGAGCCCGUGGGCGUCCCCACUGCACAUGGUGCCCAAGGUGACAUCAGGCGACUGGCGACCCUCUGGCGACUAUUGUGCCCUCAACAGCGCUACCAUUCCUGGUCGGUGUCCCGUGCCUCAUCUUCAGGACUUUGCUGGAGCCCUUUUCGGCAAAGCGGUUUUCUCGAAGAUUGAUCUGGUGCGUGCCUUUCAUCAGAUUCCAGUCGCCCAUGAGGACAUCCCUAAAACCGCCGUCACCACACCCUUCGGUCUCUUUGAGUUCGGCCGCAUGCCGUUUGGUCUACGUAAUGCUGCCCAAACGUUCCAGAGGUUCAUCGACCAUGUCUUUCGUGGACUACCCUUUGUGUACGCCUACACUGAUGACCUCUUGGUGGCCAGCCGGAAUGAAGAAGAACACAAAGAGCACAUUGCCUUGGUGUUUGACCGCCUUGACAAGUUUGGCGUUGUCAUCAACCCCUCCAAGUGCGUGUUGGGUGUGCCAUCCCUCGAUUUCCUCGGCCAUCAGGUCGACUCUGAAGGUUUGCGUCCUCUGCCCACCAAGGUUGAAGCAGUUCGUAGUUUUCCCCCUCCAACUUCCAAGCGACAGUUGCAGCGAUUCCUCGUCAUGGUCAGUUUUUAUCGCCGGUUCCUACAGAACUGUGCCGACCUCAUGCUGCCGCUCACCAACAUGCUUUCUGGUCCCAAUCGAUGA